AUGGACAAGGAACUCGCCAAGUUCCUCCUCCUCCUCGUCGCCUUCGGGCUUCUGUGCUCCUGGGAGCACAUCACGGCGCGGGCAACCGCUGCCUACCUCUCUCUCGCCUUCGGGCACCACGACUCUCCGGCCUCUGCCUCUGGCACGCCUUCCGUCCCGGGCUCCUUCCCCGCUUCGCCGCCACUCCUCCCGCGCCGCGAGCGCCGACAAGCUCUCCGCCGUCCUUCGUCGACUUUUCCUCCGCCUCCGCCGGUGAAUGAGGGCGACGCGGCGUGGCGCGUCCAGUGGCCGGUGGAAACAUCGGUCCCGUUGACGCUGCCUCCCGUCUGCUCCUCUGAAGCUGGUGGGGGUGGAUGGACGUUCGCGCAGUUCGCCCGCAACCCGGGGCAGCACUCGUUCGCGCCCCGCUUGUCGCCCGCCGGGUCCUCGUUCGCGCGCGUCGGUCGGGACGCCACGUUCUUGGUGGAGGAUGAGGAGGAGCACUUCGCCAACGGUAGGCGCGUCGAGCGCUUCGGCUCGUUCCGCUGGGCAAGCUUCUCCGACGAGGAGCGGAAGAGCAGGAUCGAGCUCCUUGCGGCGAAGAGCGAGGGCAAGAAGCCCGCUCGGCGGGCUGAGCCUGAGCCUUCGCCGUUGCCUGCUGUCGCCCCGCCGUCGCCCGCCGUCACCGUCGCUGUCGCCGUCGUCCCGCCGCCGCGUUCGCCCAGUCCAGUUCUGCCUGCGGCUCCGGCUCCGACUCCGACUCCAGCUCCGACUCCAGCUCCGGCUCCCAUGCCGCGACCCCUCGACGUCCCUUCCGCUCCGGCUCCCGCCCAGGUCGAGCCUGUCCUGCCCCCGCCGACCGUCUCUCUCCCGGACUGGUUCGCCCAGUUCAAGGCGAUCGCCGACCAGUGCGCCGGAGUGCCGCUGCAUUUCCGGAUGCCGCCUGCUUGGUGGUUGGAGAUGCCGGCUCCUGCUCCUCCCGCUCCGGCUCCUGCUCCUGCUCCUGCGCCGGCACCAGUCCCUGUCGCCUGGCUGCCGCCUGUCGUCCUUGCUCCGGCUCCGGGCCCUGCUGCUCCGCUGCAGCCGCGCGACGUUCGUCUCCAGCGCGCAAGCUGGGACCAGAGGAGGGCGGGUUUGCGGAAGGUGCUUGGUGGUGGGAAGAGGAGGGGAUAG